UCCAUGCAAAAAAAAUCUUGCUGGGGAAAUAGUUCUUAUCACUGGUUCUGCAAAGGGGAUUGGAAGGCAGCUUGCCUUAAAGUUUGCUUCUCUGGGAACAACCUUGGUUCUCUGGGACAUUGACGAAGAAGGUAACAAAGAGACAAGAGCAUUAGCCCAAGAGAAAGGCGCCAAAAGAGUGUUUGCCUACAAGUGUGACUGCAGCAACAGAGAAGAGGUCUAUGAACAGGCAGAAAAG